AUGAAAUUUAUACAUUCGACUACAUACACUAGGGAAAAUACUUUUGAUAGUAAUAAUAAUAAUAAUAAUAAUAAUAAUAAUAAUAAUAAUAAUAAUAAUAAUAAUAAUGGUAAUGAUAAUGACACGAACGAUCCAUUGAAGCACUUAUUACUUCACAUGCUGAAUCAUGCUUCUGACAUAUUGAAAUCAGCUCCUUUGAGUGUUAACUUAAAUUGUAGUGAUAUUCAUGAAUGA